GACUCGUACUGUGGGCCCACGGUCUCGCGCAGUCAGUACGAAUCGAGCUGAGAGCUGGCAUGACGAUCGCCGUGCACCGCGUGUAGUCGUCAACGAGUCAUCACAUCGAGCAUCUCUAAAAGGAUCUAGCCCAUAUCAGGGAUAACGCGGUUCCACGCGCGAUCUGGUUCCGAGAUUCAUGCGUCUACGUAGGAUGAGAUCAGACUGAGCGCAAUGACGACGAGAUACUUUGUGUUUGCCAUAACUCUAGCGUGCGUUGCAGCGUCUGCCGCGCAAGUCUACGAGAGCCAGCCGGAGGACCCAGCUGCACCGGUCGAACUAGCGGCUACGAAUAAUGACUUCAUCACGCAAACCGUGUACGGAUUCUUGGACUUCACCACGACCAUCGGCAACACGGUGAUGGUCUUCAGCCCUCAGAGCGCACCACCAGAGGCGGCGGGCACCGGGAAGAAGACCACGUCCACCACGCCGGCGAUUCACACGAAGCCACCGACGACGGAGCAGAAAAAGAACGUCCCUGACAUCCAACCCAGCAAAACGCACAAACAAGAUGUUCAGGACGAGACGAAAAAGCAGGUAAAGGGCACGAAAGUCAUCGUGAAUUCUGUGAUCCAGCAGAACUCGGUGAACCCGUCCGUGAACGCCUCACCGAAGUCUACAAAAAGCCAGGAAGCAACCAAGGAGACGACGACAAAGACACCCGUAUUGUCGUCGGUCGUUCAAAUACGCGCCAAGGAUGAGACUCCGGGUGUGAAGAACAAUCUCGCCGAGCCGGAAUACGAUUUUCUCUCGAAGCAACCAACGGAAGUAAUCGACGAAACGUAUAAGCUUAUCAAUCUGCGGCCUUCGUCGAAACCGCACGCGAAACCACGCGCCACACCGCGAAGAGAUAAAGAGAACCCGACUGGCCUGGUGACCAAGUUGGGCGGCACUAUCGUGAAAGACGGACUUACUACCGUGCAUGAGACCAGCGUAAUCGGCACUUACAUUAAUGGCAAAUAUGCCCAAGUUCUGCAGAGCUCGUCCAGGAUCCUGACAACGCCGGCGGCACCAGUCCUUGAGGGAAAAAUCCGGCCAUCAAAUACUCAACGCAUCCUCAAGACCAUCGGACCUCAGCACGGCAAGCUUAAGCCUCAACUAGAACCUACUCCGACUCAUCAGCAACAAGAAGAAUCUUCGUUGCCACUCGAAGUGCUCUUCGACACAUCCUCCGGCACUCCUAUACGAACGACGCGGAGGCAUCAUUCGGCUGGCAGUCAAUCUCGACCCAAGUUCCGAAACAAGAUUUCCGAAGACUAUGACAACAAUGAACCGCAGCAAACAAGAACCGGGAAGAAUCGUGCGACGACGGCGCGACCCAAUUUCAAGAAUCGCCCCGCUACAACCACCACGGAGGCGCCAGUCACUCGUCGUCGUAGCGGUUUUCGGCCAAGCAGCCAGUCCACCGGUUCGCCUUCAAAACAGGUCACGAAGGCGAAGAACGACCAACAGCCGACGACAACAGCCAGUCUUCCGGUGCCCAAGGUGAAGCUACCUCGGACCCAGGGUCGCUGGUCGUACAAGACCACGCCUAAGCCGAGGAUCAUGAUACGCAAACAAGUAGACGAGGAAGAAUUGCGCACGUCAUCAACGGAGAGUCCAAGCACAACCGAAUCACUCGCGGCGAUGUUGGACGAUAGUAGAACGACAGCGGCGGCGGCAACCGUCAGCGCUGCAUCAACGACCGGCGGUGUCGCCAACGCUCAGAGGAAGGAAUUAUCUCUGACCGAGGACGAACUGGAUCCCAGCGAAAGCGAGGAUGUGGCUAGCGUGAGCGUGCAGGAUCAGCAGCAGCAUUCUGGAGAACAGAUUCUGCCUAUAGAGACUCUGAACGUAGAGAUUUCCACUGCAGCGGACCAGGACAGUAUAUACUUUGAGAUCGCCACCAUCAAAUCACCCUACGCUUUUCAGGUGGGUACACUACGAAAUACUCGCUAUAUCACGGUGACUUCAACAAUCAAGAAGACCUUCGCCACAGCUGAACCGAGCAGUUCAAUUUCGCCUACAGAGCCGUUAACGGAGAACAUCCUUGCGAAUACAGGAGCAGCCUAUGAGUCCAGCCUGCCACUGGACUCGUCGGUUGCAACUUUACCGGCCAUCUCGUUAGAUGCCGGCCAGGCGACGCCGCCGUUAGAGACGCUGACAGAGACGUUCUCAACGACGCAGACGCUGUUGAAGACGCACAUGUUGCCAAUAAUCUACGGCGGCAAUAGUACUACCCGACUAACGCUAGUGCAGACGUAUAACAUCGCGCGUGUGGUGACGGCGAUAAAAACAUUACCGCCGAUGGAAAUUUAUCAGUUCAUUCCCAGCAAAACACUAAACGAGUUCAACUCGAAACUCGACGAGGCCGGUAGUGAGCUGCACCUCGAGCUGGACUUCGGCGAAGAUGAUCGUGACGACGAAGACGUACCGAAAAGGGUGGUAGUGCCCAACAACGACGCCGAUUCCGACUUGGACGUCUUCAGAUCGGCGUCGCCGUCGAAGGUGAAGACCGACGUCGUCACCAGCAGCAGUGUUGAGGCUCAACUGACUCCGGAACAGGCCCAGCAAUUGGCUCUCUUCAAAUACUUUGGUCAGCCACAGCCUCAGGUAAUCACCACAUCCAGGCCAGUGGUUGUCCUGGAGACGUUGUAUGAAUCACACGUUAUUCCCCUGGUAAACGCGGGCAACACCGUCUUCUCCACUAUAUCCAGGCCAGUUGGCACUGUGCCCAGGACAUCUUACGAGUACGGUACAUCUACCCUGAGCCCGGUACUUACACCGCAAGUGCCACAAGUACCGCAAGUGCCCCAGCUACCGUUGUUCCAUCAGCAACCACAAUUCACAGUGACUAGCGCGCCAUUGGUCACUCAAACCCUCGCCACUGUAUCCGAAUCGAGGGUGUUGAAGCUCACAUUCGGUGCCAAGACCGCCUACACCACACUAUUCUCCACGAAAGUCGUACCAACUGAGCUCACCACCUACGUUACUACCACCGUGCCGGUGCAACCAACGGUAGCGGCCUAUCCCGGCUAUUAUCCGCCGCCAGUGCCCUAUCCGGCUUUCCCCUUCGUUGGUUAGAUUUUAAUCUAACUAUCGAACCCUUCGCAAUCCAGUCCGAUCACGAUCGAUUACUAAGUACAAACUCGCUCUUUUGAAGGAUAAUUUUCAAAUGUUACCUUUAUUCACGACAAUUUUUCUUUGAUAUUGUUAGUUUUAUUGACACCUUUAACAUUUAGUCCUAUCAAAUAGCAUUACCAGAGUAAAAGAGAUAUCUUAAAUUAAUUAUUAAUUAAAUUAAUUAUCAAAAUAUUACAUAUUUAUUAUAAAAUUUUUAAUUUAAUAUUAAAUUUUGUUCAUUGCGAUAAAUUUCACCACAUUCGUGUCAAAUGAAAGUAGAAAUUGGUAAUAACACUGCAAACCUACAAUAUAUUGCGUUUUUUUACCUGCAAUAAUCUCGUGUAAUUAUAGUUCUGUGUAAUUUCACUUUAGUAUAUUCAACUCCGAUUUAGGCCAAUGCGUGUUGAGGUAAGUAGAACACGGAGAAAUGUAGCCGGUUGUACUAGAUGAAAAAAAUUACCAAGAUACAGACGUAUCAUAUUAUUCGAUAUAGUAAAACGCCAGUGAUUAUCGUGAUUGGACGGGAUAUCGCGAAUUAUUGUAAAUAAAUUAUUGACUAUAAUAUUGUAUAUCGUAUAUUGUAUAUGUAUAUCGCGUAUUUUGUAAAUAAAUAACGAAAAAUAUUAACCUCCACCGUAUUGCAGGCGACGAUCCUGCGAUAAUCCACACAUUACUCAAUUAAGUAAUUGUAAAUAAAAAUCUAAUAAUUUAAUGGA